AUGGAGAAAGAAAUUUUCUGGAGUAAAGACAUAGACCCUUUAUGUGAUCACAAAUCUAAACCGGCACAUGUGGUGACAUUCAACAACAUCUCCACUGACAGUCAAAUUAGGUCAAAACAGUCUUCACCCAACAAUGCUCUCAGCUCUGCUUCCAACAUCAAACCAAAAACGGGCCCUGCUUUGAGAACUUCGUCCCCUAUAAAUAGUAAUCCUGCCAACUCACGAGAUCAAAUCAGGCCAUUCAUGGACACACCGUCCAUUCAGAACUCAAAUGCAGUCAGUCAGAAAAGUUUGAAUGAUAGGAACAAUUCUAAGAUGAGUAAUUCUUCCAAUUUGAAAAGCAGCGCUAAUAAGAAACCUGUCAAAAAUAUGCCACCGAAAAACACGAAUUGUCAAAACGAAAUUUCAGCUGAUAGCCAGGGUUCCUCAUUUAAGUCGUUACGCAAUGAAGAUAAAUUGAAGUUAGCUUCGCUGAUUCAGGAGUUGGCUACCUUGACUGAAGAACAUGACCUUUUGAAGAAUUCUCUAGAUAAACAUACAGAGUGCCACAAUUUAGAAAAGGUAGCUUUUCAAAAAGAGACGCGCAAAUUGUACCAAGAGAGAGAAACUCUGAUUCAACAACAUCACGCGAUGCAACAGAAGCUGAUGUCUGCAGUGCACGAAUUGGAGGUGUUGAAAGGCAAAGAGACUUCGAGGUCGUCAGUUUGUCUGCAAACAUCUCCGAGAUCCUCAGUUCAAGGGCAUGUUCAACAGUCAAACGCACCCGCUCUCAACCUUAGUUUCAAUACGCUAUCAGACAAUAGUCAACGAAGCAAUAGUAACAGUAGAAAAAAUAAAUUAAACGAAAAAAAGAAAUCUGAAAAUAAUGAGAGUCAAGAUCGGUCGUCCGAGAAGGUCGAAAUUUCAGUGCAAACUGAGUCGGCUACGGGAGCAUCAAAUUGUAGAAAUUUUGUUGGUACAGGUGCGGUAAAGCAAGUUGAUGAGAAAUUAGCUCAAAUUCAGAAGCAGGCAGCGGAUUGUGACGUUGGUUUGCAACCAGUUGAAGUUCUCAGUCGAACAGAAGAUUGUUUUUCAUUAGCUGAUUCUAAUUUGAGAAAUCCUUCGGAGCUAACUCAUUUGUCUCAAAUCGAAAAAGAAACGCUAGCUCUGAAGAAGAAAAUAAUCGAGCAAGAGAAACUUCUGGAGCUGAAGAGGAAACAGAUUGAGCUGCAGCAUGAUAUUCAUAACCAAGAAGUGUCCGCUUUUAAAGCCAAUAAAAGUGCGAGCGAAGAUAAUGUGCGAAACUGGAUUGAAUCGUUACCAGUCUCUCCUUUUGAUAACAACCAGUUCUCCUGUGAAAAUCGCCAAGACAAACGAAGUCAUCAAAUGUCAUCAGAAAAUAUGCCAAAAGUACAUUUUUCAGAAGAUAAAGUAGAAAAUAAACAGAAACACAGCAGUCGAUCAAGAUCAAACAGUAGAUCGAGAAAUUAUUCGGCUGAGAGAAAAUCCGCUUUGAGACCCAAAGAGGAAAAAAGACUCUCCGAAAAUGAUGAUGUAAGCUCAACUGAUUCUACGGAAGAUCGUUUUCCUAGUAACGACAGAAGUGGACGGAUGAAACUAAACGAGCCUAGAACUUAUCCAGAAAAGGCAUCAAAACUGACAGCUGAUUUAAAUGAUAAAAAGGAAGCUGGUCGAGGUAAGAAGUUUGAAUCAGUGAAACCAAAAGUGGACUCGCACUACAAGCCGCUGAGAGAAGAGUUGGAGCUGCAGCCGGGAGAAACUACUGAUGAUUUGCUCUUAGAGGCCGCUGGUAAACUGAUGCACUGUCGCAAACUGAUUGACAGGAGUGAGACCAAAAUUGACAAAUAUCAGUACACACAGUAUAUGGAAGCCAUGGAGAGGAAAAAGCUCGAGGAAAAGAUUCCAGUUGACAACCAGUAUGAAAGAAAAAUCAGACGCAACGUGGCUUGCCAUAGGUCUAAAAGACUGAUCGAGACUGUACAACCAGAGAAGAAAGAUCACGCCACGGAAGUUUUGAAUCCAUUUUUUAAAUUAGUUGACUACAUGGAUGAUAAAGUGGAUUCGCCCACAAAGUACAAUACAGCCGCGUUGGAAAACAUGGCAACUUUUGCGAGAGAGUUUAGUCCGGAAAGUGAGCUGAAGUUGAGGACUAAGAGGGAUGGAAGUCGUAAUAUGCCCUCCAAAUCAGCAUACAGUUCAAGACUCAGUCGAACUGUGACGAGAAACAGAAGUUCAAGUCUGGGGCGGGUGUCAUCCAACAGCAGAAGUGUGUCAAGGUCAAGAGACUUACCAGCUCGUGUCAAAAGAGGUCAUGACAAAUCAAGAGGAAAGCAAAACGUGUCACUCGUGACAGUCGUUGAAAAACAAAAUAAGCAGCUCAAAAAGCGCUCUCAUAAGUUUAACACCUCAGCUUUGACGUCUGAAUUAGACAGCGAUGAGACCGAAUUGUUCGACCAAGUGUUCUUUGUUAAGUAG